GAUAUUUUCAUCAUAUGUGCAAAAAUUUUACAUAUUUUUAUUAAAAUAGAUUGAUAUAGUGUAAUUUAUACAUAACUCAGUGCUUAAUUAUAUAAAAUGACAGAAAAUGAUUACCGACAAAAGAUUCUCGAGCGUCUAUUGGAAAGAAAUAGCCGUGAAAGUGGCUUUCACGAGAUAAUUAUAAACAAUCAUCGUAUUCUCGAAAGAAAUCUUGAAUUAAAGAGUGAGAAUUUAGCAUUAACAGUUGAGAAUGAGAAAUUACGAAACGGUCUUGGAGUUGGCGAUUCCGCUGCACAGGCUCGUAUUCAAGUUCUAGAGAAGAAAUUGUUGGAUAAACAAGAAGAGCUGACUGAUAUGCACAAGCGUAAAGGUGAUAAUCAACAAAUGAUAAUUGACUUAAAUGUAAAAGUAACAGAACUUCAGAAACAGUUGGAGUUAAAGAACAACAGUCUAAUUGAACAAUCAAGACUUAUUCAGUCACUCAAGGCUGAGGUACAAAUGCUCACAACUAAAGUUGGAAAGUUAGAGGAACUUAAUUCAACAUUAAAAGACGAACAUACCGCCCUCCAUCUUCUACAUUGCUCGUUAGAAGAGAAAUUGAGAAAGACUCAGACAGAAAAUAGUCACAUGGUUGAACGACUUAUGAAAUUUAAGGCGAAAGAUGCUGAGAAGAUGAAUGAGGAGAACGAAACGUUUUUGCGAUUUGGAUCAUUAUUUUCCAGAAAAAAGAAUGAUGCGAUGAAACGGGAAUUAGCGGAAGCAGCACGGGAUUCAAGUGUGUCGUCGCCGCUUCCAAUUAAUGAAGAUCUGUUUUCUGGUGCUUAUGGAAACGCAUCGAAUGUAUAUUUUGGUGAUGAAAUUCCAAAUCGUGUUCAUUUACAAUUUGAUGCACAUGAUGGAGAAGUAAAUGCUGUUAAAUGGUCACCAUUGGAAAGAAUUGUAGCUACUGGUGGUGCUGAUAGGAAAGUCAAACUUUGGGAUGUUGGAAAAGGAAAUACAUUUGAACUCCGAGCAAACCUUAUAGGAAGUAAUCAAGCAGUCAAUAGUCUAGACUUUGACUCAACGGGUACAUUAAUUUUGGGAACAUCGAAUGACUUCGCUAGUAGAGUUUGGGGAAUUGCUGAUCAUCGACUAAGGCACACAUUAACAGGACACUCUGGCAAGGUGAUGGCUGCAAAGUUUGUCGGUGAAUCACAAAAAAUAGUAACAGGUUCACACGAUCGAACGCUCAAAAUUUGGGAUCUUCGAAGUAAAGCAUGUGUAGAGACGAAAUUCGCUGGAUCAAGUUGUAAUGAUCUCGUGACGACAGACUCAUCGACAAUAGUUAGUGGACAUUUUGAUAAGAAAAUACGCUUUUGGGAUACAAGAAGUUCUGAUAGCUCAACGAAUGACAUUCAGCUUCAGGGAAAAGUGACAUCACUUGAUUUAUCAAAAGAUUGUCACUAUCUCGCGGCAUGUGUACGUGAUGAUACAAUUAAAAUAAUUGAUUUACGCAACAAUCACAUACUAGCGUCAUUAAGUCAUGAUAGUUUUAAGGUUGGAUGUGAUUUUGCACGCAUUGCAUUUAAUCCAGACUGUAGUCAUAUUGCUGCUGGUUCUGCCGAUGGUUCUCUAUAUAUAUGGAAUGUUAAUGGCAAAUUAGUGUCAAUUUUGAAGGACCACACCGUCUCGAUACAAGCAGUCAGCUUUCAUCCGUUCAGUUCAAUUCUGGCAUCUGUGGAUCGUGCGAAAAAGUGUACAAUAUGGACACACGUUUAAGUUGAGAUUUUUUUACAAUAUUUUAGAAUUUUUUAUAUUAAAAAAUAUUCGUAUUUUAAAAAAAAAAUAUUUUUCUCUUCAUUUUUUUGCAUUCUCAUCUUAAUGAUGAGUAAUGACGACAACAGUGUAUAUGAGAAAGGAACGUAAAUGUUGUUAUUUUGUUCGAUUCGUGUAACGCGAAACUGCUUAAUUGAUUGUUUACAAGGUAAUUGUUUAAUAACAUCACGAUGAAAAUAAAAUUGAAAAAAUUGUAAAGAACUUAUAAAUAAAAUGAGAAAAAAAUGAA